UAAUUAAUUAAAGCACCCAAAAAAUAAUAAUAAAAAAAACCAUCGGCCGCCGGAGGGCAAGCCGAAGCAGGCGAAAUCUCCUCGCCUCCCUUCCCCCUCGCCGCGAAUCCUCCCCGCCGAUCACGCCGCUCGCCGCUCGCCACCGCCGGAGGAGGAGGAGGAGGAGGAGGAGGAAGCAGCCGCGCCACCCCCCAAACGCACCACCGCCCGCGAGGUUUUGCAUGUCCGGGCUCGGCGUGGUGCCGGGAUGCGCUCCUGCUGCUGCUGCUGCCCCUGCCCGGCGGCGCUCGGGAUCGGGAUCGGGCCGCGGCUGCGCUCCUUCCUCCGCGACUACGACGCGCUCCAGUCGCUCGCCCUCGCCCUCAUCUACCUCCAGAUUGGUUGUGCGCUGAUUGGGUCACUUGGAGCAUUGUUCAAUGGCGUUCUUGUGAUCAACCUGGUAAUUGGGCUCUUUGCUGUUGUUGCAAUUGAGAGUAGCAGCCAGACACUUGGUCGGACAUAUGCAGUCCUUCUGUUCUUCGCUAUUGUUCUUGAUGUUGCUUGGUUUAUUCUCUUCUCACAUGCUAUAUGGAAUAUUACUCCUGAAGAGAAGUAUGGUCAACUUUUCGUUUUAUCACUCAAACUAGCGUUGUGGAUGCAAAUUAUUGGGUUUUCAGUAAGGUUUUUGUCUUCCUUCAUAUGGAUCCAGAUGUAUAGGCUGGGGGUUUCAUCAAGCACCCCAACAUAUCAUGAAGUAAACUAUGAUGGAAGAAAUAGUUUCUUGAGCCCAAGAUCAAGUUCAGUUAGACGAAAUUCCAUGGCUGAUGAUAUAUUGGGUGGUUCUAUUUAUGAUCCUGCCUACUAUUCUUCUCUUUUCGCGGAUGUCCGAAACAACACAUGCACUCAUCAGGGUGAUAAACAAAGUGGUAGUAAUGAUAGUGGAUCAACAUCUGCGGGUCAAUCUCCACGACUUAAAUCUUUUGCCAGUAGAUCUUUUGUGGCCAAUGAUGUGGAAGCUGGGCUAAGAAGACCCCUGAACUCUUAAUCUGACUCAAGUUAUAGACAGAACUUAUGUUGCCAGCAUAAGAAUACCGGGAACCUUCUGCAGGCCAUCGUUAUAGUUGAAUCAUAAUCAUUUGUACAGAACUUAUGUCGCAGACUGGAGGGUUUUCUUAGUAGGGGCAUUCAGCAAAAUACUGUGGUAAUGAUCGCAGUUGUUGCAGUGCAUUCUUGAACUUCUGCGGGAUUCUUGGUGCCAUUUGAGCAUUUUUUUUGGUCAGCCACUUGAGCUGGGUGGUUGAAGAAGCGGUCGAACCUUUCGGUUUCUCAGAUUGGUUUACACAUUUGAGAUGUUCUGACAUUUGAGGUGUUCUUCCGCACGGGGCAGUCCAGUUUUCAGUCCUGCGAAUUGCUUGUUUCCUCGGCUGCUAUGAGGAUGCAGCUACUACUCUAGUUCUGUAGUCACUUGGUCUCUUACUACAAUCUAUCAAGGCAGUUUUAGCACUAGGUUGACAUCUUCUUCGCCAUGUGGCGUUUUGGUCACUGUUUAUAACUUCAUAUUGUUAUUUUUUACAAGUUGCUCAUCUCUGAAUCGGUAAAUGUUUAUAACUUCACAUUGUUAUUUUUGACAAGCUGCUCAUCUCUGAAUCGGUAAAGGAGAAAAGCGAAUUGUAAAUUUCGUUUGUUCUUGAGUUUUUUUUUGUCGAAAUGUUCAUGAGUAAAUUUUUAAC